AGAAGAAGAUGGGUUGCUUCCAUUGUCUUCGAUUGCAGUUAAUCUCGUGAUGGCCGGCGGGCUGCUGACGUAACCCCGCGAUGCCUGGACGUUCUUCUUGUUACUUCUUCAGCUGCGUUUGCGCCGACGAGGGUUACAUUUCCCAGGCAUUUCGGAGUUGCGAUUCAGUCCUCCUGGUGCUUUCUCAUACUUCGCAGCUUUGCUUUGAAGACCUCUGUCUCAGCAGCCGUCGUCAUGGAUGUCGAGCUGUAUGUCUAUGACCUAUCCAAGGGUCUUGCGCGAAUGUAUUCGCUAGCCCUGACGGGCACGCAAAUCGAUGCCAUUUACCACACGUCGCUGGUGCUGAACGGCGUCGAGUAUUACUUUGGCCAAGGCAUCCAAACGGCCGUCCCCGGCAGUACUCAUCAUGGACAGCCCAUGGAGAAGCUGCAUCUUGGCAAGACCGAGCUCCCCAUGGAUGUAAUCGAAGAAUACAUCCAGUCGCUUGCGGAAAUCUACACCCCUGAGUCCUACGACCUCUUCCUGCACAACUGCAACAACUUCACGCAGGAUCUGGCCAUGUUUGCUCUCGGCAAAGGCAUCCCUGAGCAUAUUCAAAACCUACCGCAGACUUUCCUGAGCACCCCUUUUGGGCAAAUGAUGAAGCCCCAGAUCGAAAUGGCCCUGCGCGGUGUAACCCAAGGCACUGGCGCUGGCACUGGCACAGUCGGCACUCAAACGCCCUCCACCAGCGCACCAACCGCCCCUGCGCAACCUGCCCCCGUUACUCAAGGUUCUGUGCGCAUCGCAAGCAACCUCGCCCAGCUCGAGCACCACCUAGCUGCCGCCGCCGACUCAUGCGCCGUCAUCUUCUUCACCUCGGCCACCUGUCCGCCCUGCAAAAUGGUCUACCCGACGUACGACGAACUCGCCGAGGAAGCAGGCGCCAAAGCCACCCUCAUCAAAGUCGACAUCAGUACUGCCAUGGACGUCAGCAUGAAAUACAGCGUCCGAGCAACCCCAACCUUCAUGACCUUCCUGAAGGGCCAGAAGCUCGAUGAAUGGUCCGGCGCCAACCCAGCCCAACUACGAGGCAACGUCCGUCU